AUUCUGAAAAUUUGAAAUUUGAACAGUUACAAAUGACAUGGGAAAGUGCCAGAAGCUUAAAUUUUUUGUUUCCUUACUUACACUUAUUGUUGUAACGGUUGGGGUGCACUUCAGUUUGCAAAGUUAUUUGACUGGAAAUUUAAAAAUUUUUGCACUCCACAAUUUAAAAUUGGGGUAUCUGGAUAAAAUCGACAAAACGAACAUUACCCAGGAGCUGGUAUUGAAACGGGUUGCUGACACAAAUUCAAAUUUGGUUCUACAACGUCCUCUCACAUUAUGGGGGCCACGUUUCAACAAUACAUGCGCUCAGUACGUCAACACUUUUGACACGAAAUUCAACAACCUGUACUGGCAGGUCCAAAGCUAUCCUAACGAAACUUUCUACCUUUUCGGCGCCUAUUAUGACAACAGGACAGCUCUUAACGACACUGGUCCCUUUGUCCGGAUCAUCGGAAUGCUGGACAAGAGGGACUACUUUAAAAAUCUCUCUUGUCAGUUUUGGUUCCAAAAUGAAACCCAACCAACUAUCGGAAACGCAAGUCAAAAAUCCAAUAAUGGAGUAAAAAUUAAUGUAAAUUUUAGAUCACUGAGAAUUUCUAUUUGUGGAGAAAGGAAUGGGGUUAUGAAAAUGCAGAGCUGCACCCUUACAUGUUCAGCUGCAAAGUUCCCUUCAAAAAUCGGUUACCUGAGUCUGUUUCGUUGGUGGCCCACCCGUGUGACAAUGCAACCAACAACCUCAGGGUCAACUUCAACCAACCUCUUCUUAAGGAAAAGCAAAAUUUCCUGGUUUGUGUGAAAGGUCUGAAUUACAGACAUAAGGCGGACUUUUCAAUCAGGCUGGUAGAAUGGUUGGAACUGCACAAAAUUUUGGGAGCUGAUAAAAUCGUCAUUUACGAACUGCAGGUGCAUCCAAACACUUCAAAAGCUUUGGAACAUUACGUAAAAUCUGGGUUUGUGGAAUUGGUCAAAACUUCAUUGCCUGGUUUCUACAGCAACGUCCCUGAUCUCAUGUCUGUAUUUUUGGUGAAAAAUCUCCAUGUCCAAAUGUUUCAAGAAGUCAUCCAGUACAACGAUUGCUUGUACAAAUAUAUGAACAUGUACAAUUUCAUCGUGCUGGUUGACGUAGACGAGGUUUUUAAAGUGCCAGCAGACCGCAGGUCACCUUUUGGGGUGAUUUUGCCAUUGAGCACUGACACAUGGUACGACCUAAUUUACAAAAAGACAAUCCCAAAAGUAGCCAAUGUAAAACCACCACCUGCAGCCUUUAAGGCGCGCAACCUGAUAUUCGCCGACGACAAGGCCGAAUUGCAGGACUGGUACCCUGAUAUUCCCAGAUACAUGUACCUCCUACAGAAUGUCCAACGCAACGUGAACUACACGUUUCCAUCUGGAGCUGGGAUCAAGGCGUUCCACAACCCGCAAAUCGUGUUCGCCCUUCACAACCACCUGCCCAGGCAGUGCAUCGGGUACUCUGACGGCUGGUGUCCGGUGCAUGAUUUUGACCUGCAGGACGUGCACAUGCAGCACUACUGCACCGGCAAGGAAAAAGACGAGUGCAAGUUGCAUAGAGGCGUCAAUUUGUCAAUGGACACUGCGAUUUGGAAGUACAAAGAUCGACUAACUGAGGCAACUGGCAAAAGUCUCAAAGAAAUUGGACUACUGUAAAGGAAAGUGGAGGUGUUGCAUGAAGCAAAAUGCUGCUUCACUCUAAUUGGACAUUUUAAAUUGUCAUAUUUAUUUCGCUACAAAAAACAACUAGCUGCAAAGAGGCAACAGAAUCCAAGAUUUUUAACAAGGAAAUGAAACGCUGCAUUGUUCUCAAAUUUUUAUUGAAAGAUGAUUUAAAGCCCAAAAUUCUAGAAUUGUUUGUAAGUUAUACAAAAAUUAAUUUUAAAAUUUAUAAAAAUGGAAUUUUGUUACGUCUUUAUAAAAUAAAUUCUUAGCGAAACAACAAUGAAUAAUCUCGAAAGAAUGAAA